CCAGGAAGUGAAGCAGUUGAGUGAGAGAGGGUCAAUCGAGCUGUGGAGUUGUUGGUGGGGGUGGAAGCGCGGUGUGUGAUCAGAGCAGCAGCAGCAGCAGCAGCAGAGUCAGCCCGGGCUGAGGCCCCUCGAUUGCAUUCACCUCACUCCGGGCGGCGCGAUGCCAGAAGCGAUCGGAGGCGCUGAGGCAAAAGCGAGGCUUCCGGAAUCUUUGUUUUAAAAGUGUAGUCACCCACCGAUAGGAUUUCCCGUGUGAUCAAUAAGAUCAAUUCCAGAGCGGGAGGGGAGCGGGAGAGUUUCGGUUUCGAGUUUCAUUCUGUCCUUUUCUGAAAAGACAAUCGAAGUUGGCCGACAGGGCAACUGGGUAUUAAACAGUCAGCGAGAGGAUGCGAGAGGGACAAGGCAACGGAAUGGAAGAGGUUUACCAGCAAACGACAGAACCAAUCCAGAACACUGACUCCUGCUGUGACCUGGGUUACCUUCGCACUCGCAAAGGGAUCCUGAAACUGCUUCAAGUGAUCUUAUCAUUUGUGGCCUUUAUUCUGGAGGAGAUAGUGCAGAGCUGCAUGUACUGUCAUGCGCUCUACUUCUUCGAGUUUGUCAGCUGCAGUGCCUUCUUACUGACUUCCUUCCUGCUGUUUGUACUGAUGACUAGUCUGAAAUCAAAAUUGAACCGGAUCGACUGGCUACUAGUGGACUUUAGUUACACUGUUGUGAUAACGAUACUGUUCCUCAUCGCCGCCAUUGUGUUUGCCGCACAGAAUGAUGGGUCUGGUUUGGAGAAAACAUCUGUGGCAUUUGGAUUCCUGGCUACGAUUGCCUUCUUUGUGGAUGUGGUGCUGCGUAUUAAGAAAGAGGGUCUGCCCGGGAAGGAAAGGGAGGAUAAGCCAGUUGAAACCAAAAAAGGUUCAGAAAAUGUGAAGCCGGAAACUGAGCCACUGAAUGAGCAAGCAAAUGUGCCUUAAUGAGCUACAGAAGCAGUUGUCCUGUUUCUAAAAACAGACACAUUUUUUUAUACACAUUCAAAUUUUGAGUUUCCAGAAUUGUUCAGUCAACAAUAACAAAAAUCAAAGCUUUGUUACACUUGUUGAUCUGUUGCAGAGUAUUUGGUCCUAGAUUUGUGGGGAUUCAAUAAAAAUUGCUUUCUGUCAGUUACCUGUUUAUCUUAAUACAAUCUACUGUACAUUCAAUGAAAAUUAAUUAAUUGAAGUUGUAUUGCAACUACCUAUGAUGUUUUGCCUGUUUGUUUGUAGUUUCUCUCUCUCAUCAUUUAAAGAUUAUUAGGAAGAUUAAGCAACUUUUAUCUUGAAGCAUUUCAUAAUUAUGCCUUUUAGAUGUUUGGAUCAAAUUUUUAUUAUAUUAAAAAUCUUUGUAAUUUAUUUUUGAAGUUGGUGUUCAUAUUAGUUUUAUCUAGCUUUUCAGCAAAAUGACAGUAGAAAUCUUCAGUUUAUUUAACUUUCUAACAGAGGAAACAUAUAAACAAGUAUCGUCUCACGUUCACCUGGGACGGGUGGAGAUGGCAGUGCAAUAGUAAUGUCAUUGGCCUAGUAAUCCAGAAGCCCAUGUAAUGUUUAGGGGAUAAGGGUUCAAAUCUCAUCACGGAAUUUACAUUCGGUUGGAAAAAAAAAUCUGGAUUGAAAGCUAGUCUCAAUAAUGGUGACCCCUAACAUUGAUUGUCAUAAAAACCCAUCUGGUUCAUUGAUAUCCUUUAGGGAAGAAAAUCUGCCAUCUUCACCUGGACUGACAUAUGUGUGACUCCAGACCCACAACAAUCUGGUUGAUCUUAACCUUCCUCUGAAAUGGUGAGGAAAACCACCCACUUCAGGGGCAACUGGGGAUAGGCAACACAUGCCAGCUUUCCCAGCAGCUCCCACACCCUGUGGAAAAAUGGAAAGAAAAUUAUAAUUGGGCUGAAAUAUGAGCAUGAGAAGAGACCUGAUAUCAUCUUGAUAAUUUGUAAGACUCUUUCUGAUUUGCUGGGAUUUGAAUUGAACCGAACUUAAAUUGCAUUUGUAACAGAUUUAAAUCUAUCCUUGUUAACGGCCAAUUUGUUCAGUUGGCAUUGAAAUUGGCUUUAAUCUCAGGAUUAACUUCAGGCCAGUUCAGUGCUUGUCAAGUUUUAAAAGAUGCUUGAAUCUUUAACUGUAUUUCAGCCCCUGCAACAUUACUGCUAUCAUGAAGAACUUCUUGUCUUAUUUCGUUUCCAAAGUUCAAGAUCGUUCUGUUAAGUAGCCAAACAUUUUUGUUUGAAUUGACCAAAUAGAAUAGGUGAAGUAUUAAUCUAUCACUAACCCUGUAUCUGAAUUGGGUUUAUUAUUAUGAUUUUAUUAAGCAUACCAAUCCAGCCUUAACUUUUAUGUGGCUUUGAAAUUGUCACUUACUGGUUGCAAUUACUACUGCUGUUACUGUCUGUUGAGUGCUUAAAUUCCAUGUGGGAAGAAAUGAAAAGAUAAAGCCGCCAUAGUCCCACCAGACCAUAGGGCUGCUGUCUCACUGGAGAGAGAGAACUCGUGUUUUAAUUUGAGAAGUCCAUUGUGGUAAUCUCAUCUAGUGCAGAAAUUGAAUCCAUGCUGUUAGCACCAAUUUGUAUCACAAACCAGCUGUCCAGCCAACUGGGCUGAGCAAUUCAUUGAUCAUGUACAGAAAAAAUUGUUUUCAGUCUUACUGACAGAUUAUAAGAGCCAAGGAUUAACCACAUGCUUUGUUUUUCAUUUAAAAUUAAACAGCUUCUCACUUUAAGGACCACUGUGGUAGUUUUGCACUGGGAGAGAAUUCCAGCUAGGUUACUAUGUUCUCAGGCAUCAGUGAUUUGGUAGAAUUCUCUGAUCCUGUUUUAUAAUUAUUGUAGGGAUCUCAAGACCCUGAGGUAAGAGGGUGAUGUUUCUAUAUCAAGACAUCCAUCAGUCAUUCCAAAAGAAAUUAAACCCAUGUUUAGAUAUACCUGUCUAUUCAGAAACUUGGUAGUUUUGAUAUUUUAAUGAAGUUUGCACCAUUCCGUGCCUUUUGUCAAGUUAUGUCAGAAUGAUAUGAAUUAUUGUCUGGAAACUCAAGGCUUCUACUUUGGUUUGUAAUUGUCGCAGUCUUGCAACAUAAGAAAUCACUGUAGAAUAAAUAGUUUGCUGUCAAAAUUUCUUUCUUUAAAUUGACUUUACUUGAUAGGUGGUGAAACUGGUCUAUACAGAGGUGUGAAAUAGACUCAUGGUGAAUCAGCAACUGAUAUGUCAUCGUGCCCAAUUUUUUGCUCUGCUAAAAUUCAUGGAGCAAUUGUUCAGAUCCUUGGUAGGGAUCUUUCAUUGGGCUGGAUUUUAUGGGGGACCAUAUUUCCUGGUCCUAGCCACCUGCUGACUAAAAUGAAUAGAGGUGCAGACCAUUUUCUAAAUUGUGAAAGGCUUCGGAAAUGUAAGGUACAAAGGCACUUAGGAGUCCUAAUUCAGGAUUCUCUUAAGGUUAACAUGCAGGUUCAAUUGGCAGUUAUGAAAGCACAUGCAAUAUUAGCAUUCAUUUUGAGAGGGCUAGAAUACAAGACAAGCUACGCCUGCCUCUUUGUAGGUUACGUAGAACAAUCCCUCUUCCGUACCUACACCGGCCCUAAACCUCGAACAGUUCAUCCACUUCACUAACACCUUCCACCCCAACCUUAAGUUUACCUGGACCAUCUCUAACACCUCUCUCCCCUUCCUGGACCUCUCUGUCUCCAUAUCGGGCAACCACCUAGAAACCGAUAUUCAUUUCAAGCCCACCGACUCCCACAGCUACCUAGAAUACUCCUCCUCCCACCCACCUUCCUGCAAAAAUGCUAUCCCCUAUUCCCAAUUCCUUCACCUCCGCCGCAUCUGCUCCCAGGAUGAGGCAUUCCACUCCCGUACAUCUCAGUUGUCCUUGUUUUUCAAGGACCGUAACUUCCCCCCCUCGGUCGAGAACGCCCUCAACCGUGUCUCCCACAUCUCCCGCACCUCAUCCCUCACACCCCGUCCACGCAAUAAGAACCAAAAAAGAAUCCCCCUCGUCCUCGCGUACCACCCCACCAACCUCCGGAUCCAACGCAUCAUCCUCCGACACUUCCACCAUCUGCAAUCCAACCCCACCACCAAAGACAUCUUUCCCUCCCCACCCUUAUCUGUUUUCCGGAGGGACCACUCUCUCCGUGACUCCCUUGUCUGCUCCACACUCCCCUCCAGCUCCACCACACCCGGCACUUUUCCCUGCAACCGCAGAAGUGCUACACCUGCCCCCAUACCUCCUCCCUCACCCCCAUCCCCGGCCCCAAGAAGACUUUCCACAUCAACCAGAUGUUCACCUGCACAUCUGCCAAUGUGGUAUACUGCAUCCGCUGCACCCGGUGUGGCUUCCUCUACAUCGGGGAAACCAAGCGCAGGCUCGGGGACCGCUUUGCAGAACACCUACGCUCGGUUCGCAAUAAACAACUGCACCUCCCAGUCGCGAACCAUUUCAACUCCCCCUCCUAUUCCUCAGAUGACAUGUCCAUCCUGGGCCUCCUGCAGUGCCACAACGAUGCCACCCAAAGGUUGCAGCAACAGCAACUCAUAUUCCACUUGGGAACCCUGCAGCCCAAUGGUAUCAAUGUGGAUUUCACAAGUUUCAAAAUCUCCCCUCCCCCUACCGCAUCCCAAAACCAGUCCAGCUCGUCCCUGCCUCCCUAACCUGUUCUUCCUCCCACCUAUCCCCUCCUCCCACCUCAAGCCGCACCUCCAUCUCCUACCGACCAACCUCAUCCCGCCCCCUUGACCUGUCCAUCCUCCCUGGACUGACCUAUCCCCUUCCUAACUUCCCUACCUACACUCACCUUUACUGGCUCCAUCCCCGCCUCUUCGACCUGUUUGUUUCCUCUCUUCUAUCCGCCUCCCACUCUCUCCCUAUUUAUUUCAGAACCCCCUUCCCCUCCCCCUUUUCUGAUGAAGGGUCUAGGCCCGAAACGUCAGCCUCUCUGCUCCUAUGAUGCUGCUUGGCCUGCUGUGUUCAUCUAGCCCUGCACCUUGUUGACUCGGAUUCUCCAGCAUCUGCAGUUCCUACUAUCUCGGAAAGAUGUACUGUUGAGACUAUAUAAGGCUCUGGCCAUACAUGUUUGGAAUAUUGUGAGCAGUUUUGUGCCCUGGAUCUAAGGAAGGAUGUACUGGCAUUGGAGGAGAUCCAGAGGAGGGUUACAGGAAUAAUCCCAGGUUGAAGCGCUUGUCAUAUGAGGAGGAGUUCAGAACUCUGGGUCUGUACUGGAUGGAGUUAGAAGAAUGAGGGAGGAAUCUCACUGAAACUUAGUAAAAUCAGAGGGCUGCAUAGAGUGGGUGUGGAGAAGUUGUUUCCACAGCAUAAGAGUGAAUGGACAACCCUUUAGAACUGAGAUGAGGAGAAAUCUUUUUCAGCCAGAGAAUGGUGAAUCUGUGGAAGUCACUUGCUGCAGAAGGCUAUGGGGCCAAGUCAUUGCGCGUGUUUAAGUCAGAGAUAGAUAGGCUCUUGAUUAGGAAUGGGAUCAUGGGUUAAAGGGAGAAGGCAGGAGAACGGGGUGGAGAAACAUGUCAGGCAUGAUCAAAUGACGGAGCAGACUCAAUGGGCCCGAUGGCCUAAUUUUGCUCCUGUAUCUUAGUGUGUUCUUAUCUCCCAAAACGCCAUCUGACUCGCAGCCAAUUUGCACUGGAAGCAGCAUUGAUUGCCGUAGGUAAAGAAUUCCACUGCCAAUCAGCCUUCAAGGUAGAUGUGGGUAUGAGCAGGGCCUGGCUGACAGGUCCCAAUGAAGGGAUUGACAGACCAGCUUUGAGGCAAGUGGUGUGGAAUGGUGUUAAAUGUGUGGUUGUAAACUUCAGGGCCACUGCCACCAUGCCUGAACCUGGCCCACGUGAUAAAAGCUUUGGGCUAUUCACCUGGUUACCUGGGUAACCAGGAAGUGGGGAAAAAAUAAGGCAGUUAUGUGGCAUUUAAUUUGCGAGUUAAACAGGCUCAAAGGCGGGUGGGUUAUGUGAUGUCCCAAACCCUUGUAAAUUCGAAGAUGAAUUGGGGAAACACAGUUCAAGCGCACAACUGGCAUAGACCAACUUUAUCUCUACAAGGCUUUAAUUUCUCCCCCGCCCCAUUUCCAAUGUUGAAGUUACAUACUUGUAUUAGGGACUGUAAAGAAAAGUAGUGUAAUUUCACUGAGUCUGCUUGAUAUGAAGUGAAGGAUCUUUAAUCUGACGGAAGAAUUUGAAAAAUGUGCAUUUUAGUUAAAUAUAAAUUGGAUUUUAAUAAUAUUGCAAACAAGUGAUUGCAGAAUGCUGUUUUAUCCUUGCGCUGUAAAAAUGUUAACAUAGAUGCAAAUAUAUGUAUCUGUGACAUAUAUAGUUGCAUGUCUUGAAACAACUGUAAUCUGAAAAACACUAUGUACUGCAUGUUCAAUUAAAGUGACUUUAUAUACUUUUUUAUAUUUUCA